AGAAAAGCAUUUAGAUAGGUCCCACGUUAGGUCCUUUCAAAAGACCACAAGACGUGAUUUUCAUCUUUCUUCACUGCACCACCAACACAUUAAGUCUUGUUAAUUUCAUCACCUCAUUCCUCAACACACAACAUGUCUUCUUCCCAAAUUGAAAACACUUCUCUUCAUCAUCAUGCAUCUUCUUCAACAAAUCAUCAACAACAACAACCACUAAGCAGAUAUGAAUCUCAAAAACGUCGAGAUUGGAACACCUUUGGUCAAUAUCUCAAAACUCAAAACCCACCAGUUCCACUAUCUAACUGCAACUUCAACCAUGUUCUUGAUUUCCUCCGUUACCUGGAUCAAUUCGGAAAAACCAAAGUCCACUUGCACACUUGUAUCUUCUUUGGCCAACCUACCCCACCUGCACCAUGUGCUUGUCCUCUCAAACAAGCUUGGGGAAGUCUAGAUGCACUCAUCGGUCGACUCCGAGCCGCAUACGAAGAGCACGGUGGAUCACCGGAGACUAACCCUUUCGGUGGUGGACCUAUUCGGGUUUACCUUCGUGAGGUUAAGGAUAGUCAACAAAAAGCAAGAGGGAUUCCAUAUAAGAAGAAGAAAAAGAAGAAGAAGAGUUACCAAAUUAAAGGGAGUAGUAGUAUUACUACUACUCAAACUCAAACUGCCUGUGUCAAGCAACAAGAUUCUUAAGAUUAUAUCUAUGUGGAUGAUAAUUGAGCCAAAGGCAGAUUUGGCAUUUUGGAAGAGCAUGUAGUAAAGUAUCAUGACUCUGCUAUUUGGACAAAAAGUUAUUACAGAACAUCUCAAUGACAUAUAUAUAUAUAUAUUUCAGUAAGUAUAAUUAAUUCGAUCAGAACAUAAUUAAGAAUAACUGUUUUUAAGGCAGUUGAAUUUCAAUGAAUCUUAAAUAUAUGUUAGAGAUGUACAACCUUGUAAGUUGUAAGAGAACUGAUCUUGAUCUAUAAAAUAGAAACAACAAAAUCACAAGAAUGGGUAGCUAGCUUUAUAGUCUAUUAAUGUUUUACUUUAAUGAGACUUUCUAAUCUCUGUGUCAACAAAAAUAAGUCGUGUGAAUCUCAA